UAUUUGUUAUUUGUCAUUCUUUACUGGAAAUCGGAAUUGUUUUCUAAAAUUUUUUGAGGUAACCUCUUGUGGUAUCGGUUUAAUUUUUGAAAUCAGCUGUUAAUUUAUUAACUACAACGUUGAAGAUAUAAUGAUUAUAUUUGUAAGUAGAAACCGGAUUUUAAAAGAAUACUAUAAAAUAUUUAUAUUUAUGUUAUGCAAUGUGAACGUUAAUUAAUUAAAUUAAUGAAACAAUUGAUUUAAAUGUAAUUUUGAAAAAUUGUGUACAACUGCAAAUGAGGACGAAGAACUUUUUAAUAACGUUAUGUGUCGUCGUGUCUGUAAGUUUAGUCUUUAUCAUUCUUGGCCAACAUAAGCCAGAAAGUAUUCAAAAUAUCGUGACCUCAACUAAUGAACAAAUAAAAAACUUUAAGGACAACUUGAGGGAUGCUGAAACAAAAACCCUAAUUGCCGACGAAAAGUACUUAAAUCUCUUGGGCUUUACGGAUGAACCACGAUUGUUUCCUAAGGAUAUUUGGAAGAAUACUUCAUUACCCGUGGUCGUUACCUAUGUUCUAGAUGGUCAAGAAAGCCAGGCCAUAGGUCUCAUUAUUAACAUUGCAAAAGUACUACCAAAUAAUACAAUAUUAGUGUAUAACUUGGGACUUGGCGACUACGCUUUAAAAACUCUACUAAACUAUUGUAAUAGCAGCAGAUGUCAAGUAAUAACUUACGAAUUAUCUGAAUUCCCUUCACACGUAGAAAAUGAGAAUCUUCAUGCUUUUAGACCUCUGAUAAUUCAGGAUGCCCUUCGCCACACGGGGGCUAUUUUGUUUCUGGAAUGCCACUACCGUCUGUUAAAAAACGUGACUCAAAAUACAAUCGCGCAACUAUUCGAGAACAAAGCGAAAAAACAUGGGGUUCUGGCGUGGCCCUUCGAUCUAAAAAAUCCCGUGUCUAGUCUAACCCACAAAAAAAUGUUUGAGUAUUUCCACACGGACGCGGAAAACUUCCUCUUCCUCCAGAUGGUGAAGGCGGAUGUCCUUUUCCUUAUUAACACAGAUAGUAUUCACUACGACAUUAUGUUACCUUGGGUACAGUGUGCGUUAACUCAAGACUGCAUAUUUCCUGUCGGGGCGCAAUCGGCGGGCUGCAAGUUCGACAAGAAGCCCCAGUACAGAUAUUCCGGUUGCCACAGCUACGAUACUUCAGCGCUGAAUAUAGUCUUAGGGCUCAAGUUUAAACAGGACAGUAAUCAGUAUACUUACCGUGGUUUCUUUAACUAUUUCGAAAUUGUUCCUUUAAGCAGUGCCGACGCUCUGCUCAGAGAACUCCAACAGAACUCGACGACGGAGGGAAAGUUGCUCCCUUUCGAACCAUAAUAAGUGUAAAUACUGGACCAACUACUGUGUGAUAUUUAGUGUAACCUUGAUAUCCGAGAGCAGAUGGAUAGUCUUGUUAUAGAGACUUGAUAAAAUAUCGCUGUACUUUUUAUAUUACGCAAUUCGUUGAUUAAAGCCGUGAACGAUUA